AACCCCAUGUCAUCACUCUCACUCCCCCAUAUUGCCACUCUCCAUUCAAAAACCAAAACAAAAAAAUCAUGGCUUCCUCAAUGGCUCUGUCUUCCCCUGUUUCUCUCUUUCAACUUUGCAUGCUUCUGUUUUCAUUCUUCUUUUUCUUCUCCUUCUCCACUUCCUCCUCGGCCAAACUCAACCCUACCACCGACUCACUCUCACUCUCUUUCCCUCUCACCUCGCUCCCUCUCUCCACAGCAAAACCUCUAAAUACUAACCCGAAACUCAGAACCCUUUCAUCUUCUUCUUCAUAUAACAUAAAAUCCUCGUUCAAAUACUCCAUGGCUCUGGUGGUUACUCUCCCAAUAGGAACCCCUCCACAGCCCCAACAAAUGGUGUUGGACACCGGAAGCCAACUCUCGUGGAUUCAGUGCCACAACAAAACCCCCCCAACGGCGUCGUUUGAUCCAUCACUCUCUUCUUCCUUCUAUGUUCUUCCGUGCACCCACCCUCUCUGCAAACCCCGCGUUCCCGAUUUUACCCUCCCGACAACCUGCGACCAGAACCGCCUAUGCCACUACUCCUACUUCUACGCCGACGGCACCUACGCCGAGGGCAACCUCGUCCGCGAAAAACUCGCCUUCUCCCCUUCCCAAACUACCCCUCCCCUCAUACUCGGCUGCUCCUCCGAGUCCAGAGACGCCAGGGGCAUUCUCGGAAUGAACCUCGGCCGCUUGUCCUUCCCCUUCCAAGCCAAAGUCACCAAAUUCUCGUACUGUGUCCCCACCCGACAACCCGCGAACAACAACAACUUCCCAACCGGGUCGUUCUACCUCGGAAACAACCCAAACUCCGCGCGCUUCCGCUACGUCAGCAUGUUGACCUUCCCUCAAAGUCAACGUAUGCCGAAUCUAGACCCCUUAGCCUACACCGUCCCCAUGCAAGGAAUAAGAAUCGGUGGCAGAAAACUCAACAUUCCGCCUUCCGUUUUUCGACCCAACGCUGGCGGGUCGGGUCAAACCAUGGUCGACUCCGGCUCCGAAUUUACUUUCCUUGUCGACGCGGCUUAUGAUAGGGUGCGGGAAGAAAUAAUUAGAGUGCUGGGACCCAGGGUUAAGAAGGGGUACGUGUACGGUGGAGUGGCGGACAUGUGUUUCGAUGGGAAUGCGAUGGAGAUCGGACGGCUGUUAGGGGACGUGGCCUUCGAGUUCGAGAAAGGCGUGGAGAUCGUGGUUCCGAAGGAGAGGGUGCUCGCUGACGUGGGCGGUGGGGUCCACUGCGUGGGAAUCGGGAGGUCCGAGAGAUUGGGUGCGGCCAGCAACAUCAUAGGCAACUUCCACCAACAGAAUCUAUGGGUGGAGUUUGAUCUCGCGAAUCGAAGAAUCGGAUUCGGUGUGGCCGAUUGUAGCAGAUUAAGUAAAUAAGAAAAGAAAAGAAAAAAUGAUAGGGUGUGGCUGUGGUGCAUGUGGCUAUCAUGUGUAGUAGCAUUAAGGCUCAGAAGUGUUGCACCAUUACUUCAUAAAUUAGUCCAUGACGCGGUCUACCAAGGAAAGAAAAAAGAGGUCUUUCGUGCGGUAAGGGUAAACGUCAACGUUUUGGACCCAUCCGGAGUGUGGGGGCAACCAAAAUCAUGCACGUUUAUUAUUAAUCUCUAAGGGGACUCGUGUACAUAUAGAUAAUAACGAUUAUUAAUAGAGGGGUAUCAAACUAUAUCAAUAAUUGUUGUGUGCAUAUUUUCUGUUUGUAACUAAGAUAAGCUUCAAUGAGAUACAAAAUAAGGUGGCGUCCUCUUGUUUCAAGAUCCCUCUAUUAAAUCAAUGGACCAAUAUCAUGUACCUAAAAAACAAUUGCAGCCUAAUUGAUUAUUUCUUAGAUUCCAA